GCACGUCUGGUUGCUUUCAGUAUCCUGGCUUGCCCGCACUAGUUUUUCCCCCACUUGUCUUCCUCGUGGUAUACUACUUGGUGCCCCGCUCAAAACCUUCCGGCGGAAAAGUUUUGCCACGGCGGAGGUGCCCAGCCGAGAGUGGGAUUUGGCGAGUGCUCCGUGAGAAGGUGUUUCGGGUUUGGGGGCUUUAUGGCGCUGCCAGGAGGAAAUAAAGACAACAUUAGGGCAGGGUGCAAGAAAUGUGGCUAUCCGGGCCACCUUACGUUUGAAUGUCGAAACUUUCUCCGGGUGGACCCAAAAAGAGAUAUUGUUUUAGAUGUCAGCAGUACAAGCAGUGAAGACAGCGAAGAGGAGGAACUGAGUAAGCUGCAGGCUAUACCAGAGAAAAAAACUAUUGCUGAGGAAGAAGAAAAGAAAAGGCCUAAGAAGAAAAGCAAAGAGAAAUUGAAACAGAAGAAAGGAAGAAAGAGAUCUUAUUCAUCAAGUACCACAGAAGAAGAUGAGACCAAGUCAAAAAAACAGAAAUGCCACAAGAAGGAAAAGAAGGAGAAAAAGAGUAAAUCCAAGAAAAGAAAGCAUCACAAAAAGGAGAAGAAAAAAAGAAAAAAGAAAAGAGACUCCUCUUCGGAUAGUUCAGACUCUUCUAGCAGUGACUAAGAAUCAAAGCCAGGCUGAUUUUUAGUUUUGUUGUGAUUAUGGGUGGAGCCAUUUGAAGAGAUUGUGGAAUGAUUUGACAAAGCAGAGCAAAUCUUUUCUCAUUUUCCCCUUUCCCAAACCAUCUGUUCUGAAACAUGUCAGGAGGCCCUCACUGGCAAACUGUGCCAUAGGAUAGGACAUUGUAGGCACAGAAGAAAAUUUGAUACAAUUGCCCGUUGCUCUGUCUUCUGCUGGCUCUCAUCAGUGGAGCAGGGAGAGAAAGGUGAAUUUUCCUGAUUCCCCCUAGUCACUGCAGCAGUCCAUCCUGAGACUAUUUGUUUCCUGGUUCUCAGAGAGGAGUUUGGGGCAAGUGACAGGCUGUUUGGAGGAUGGAAAAAAAUCUUCUCUGCCAGCUCCUUCCAUGAACACUUUUACUGCCUCAAACCUUAUGUUUAGGUCUCUAUGAAACUGCUCAGUAAAAAAUUAUAUAUAUAUAUAUAUAUUUGUACUUGACUGCCCAUCUGUAUUUAUAUAUUUUCUGUUAUUAUAUUAAACAUUUUAGAAAUCUA